CAAACGCCACCGAUCGAGCAGUGCGAGGUUUCUCCUUUUUCUUUCGCGAGUUGAAAAUCGUGUGUGCAUCUCGUCAUCAUGUCCACGAUAAAUUUGCCUCUUAACUUGACCGUACGCGUCCAUCCGGUCGUCCUUUUCCAGAUUGUCGAUGCCUACGAGCGCCGGAAUGCCGAUUCAGAGCGUGUCAUCGGAACACUGCUGGGUUCCGUGGAUAAGGGUGUUGUCGAAGUGACGAACUGCUUCUGCGUUCCCCACAAGGAACAUGCCGAUCAGGUCGAAGCCGAACUCGGCUAUGCGUCCGAUCUGUACGAUCUGAACCGGCGCGUCAAUCCAUCGGAGAACAUUGUCGGUUGGUGGGCCACCGGUCAGGAAGUAACCAACCACAGUUCGGUGAUCCAUGAGUACUAUGCCCGUGAGUGCAACAAUCCGAUUCACUUGACUUUGGACACUUCGCUGACUGCGGCUCGUAUGGGUAUUAAGGCGUACGUUUGCGUGUCGUUGGGCGUUCCCGGUGGCAAAACGGGCUGCAUGUUCACUCCGAUCAAUGUCGACAUCGCUAGCUACGAACCGGAAGUAGUCGGAUUGCAGCUGUGUUCAAAAACGAUCGGCGUUCAGCAGAAUCCCGCUAGGCCACGUACCGUGUCGCCGAUGUUGGAUCUGGCACAGAUCACGGAAGCUUCCGGUAAGCUGCUAACGCUGCUGGGAGAAGUGCUAAACUACGUGGAGGAUGUUUUGGCCGAAAAGCAGCAACCGGAUAAUUCCGUUGGACGUGCUCUACUGGAUUUGAUCCAUUCUGUACCGAACAUGACUUCGGACCAGUUCGCCCAGAUGUUCAACUCGAACGUGAAGGAUUUGUUGAUGGUUGUUACCCUGUCUCAGCUUAUUAAGACGCAAUUGCAGUUGAAUGAGAAAUUGACCAGCUUAACUUCGUUUAUCAACUAGAAAGUGUGUAAGAAGAAUUGUAAGCUACAGGAACAUUCGAUAAGACAUUAAGGUGUGAGGUGUUGAACCAUUUGAUCGCGCGUGUGCCGAUACAGAGAAGAAAAGCGGUUCCGAAUUUCCGACUGCACGGUUCAAGUCGAUAUCGGUUGAGUAUUUCAUUUGUUGCAACUAGAAGGAAAAUUAAACAAUAUAGAGACAACCGCAAUAA